AUGGGCGGGAGGAGGCUCUUGAUGCUCCACCUUGCGGUCUUGGUGCUGGCCUGUGCCUUGUCCGUGAUGGCAAGGGAUAUUGCCCCUGCAGGUGGUCUGGAACUAUUCCGAUGGAGAGGAGGCACAAGGUCUUUGAAAAUAGACACCGAAGACAAAAUUGUGGGGGGUACCGAUGCACCGUGCGGACGGUUCCCGUACAUGGCAUCCCUGCAGACGCUAUCAGGCGACCACCAAUGUGGGGGCGUGCUGGUGGACAAGCAUUGGGUGCUUACAGCUGCUCACUGCGUGGAGAACACAUCGGCGCUGUACCCCUCGCAUGUUAUCUUUCUGGGUCUGUGCACAAGGGGUGAUGCCAAGGGCACAGAAGACAAUGGACGCAUCGUCGAGCUUUUCCCCAGCAAGAAGAUUGUGCCACACCCAAACUACACCGGUGAAACAGGGGAUGGAUAUGACAUAGCCUUGGUGGAGCUCGAUGGCGAGUCGGAAAACGUGCCCGUGAAAUUGGCAUCCAACCCGGACGAACUGGCCAACACAUUGAAUGUUGCUGCCCUCGGCUUUGGCAUCUCUGAUGAUGGCAAGCCGGCAGACACACUGCAGUUCACCAACGAGUUGAGCAUCAUACCAAACUCAUUCUGCAAUCCUCUGUGGAACGGCAUCAUUCUGGACUCGAUGGUUUGUGCUUUUGGGAAAGAAGCUGUUGUGGACACGUGCCCAGGGGACAGCGGUGGGCCGCUGCUUGUGCCCUUUCAACCGGGCGGCAAGAUCGCAGAUGGUGACCCCGAAAUUGACAAAGUCGUGGGCAUCACGUCGUUUGGGGAGAGGAAGGCCUGUGGAGAGUCCGCAGUGCCAGCGGUGUACACCAGGGUGACAAGCUUCAUCGAGUGGAUAGAAUCUGUCAUGGAGGAAGAAGCAUCAGAAGAGGCUGAUGAGGAACCGGACAGGCCUGAAGAGCCUGCACAAGUUGGCGAGCCCACUGAACCUGAGCAACCCACAGAAGUUGAAGAGCCAACGGAAUCUGAACAGCCUGUGGAACCCGAACAGCCUGCUGAACCUGAGGAGCCCACAGAACCUGGAGAUCCUGUGGAAGCAGAGGUGCGUGAAGAACGAGCAAGCCCUGAAGAGCCUGCUGAACCUGAAGUGCCUGACGAACCUGAAGAUCCAGCUGAGCCUGAAGAGCCAGCCGAGCCCAAAGAACCUGAGGAGCGUGCAGAGGCUCAACCACUUCCAGAACCUCUAGAGCCUGAGGUGCCAGAAGGCCCUCCUGAAGAGGUUCCGGAGUCACCAUCCCCACCUUCACCCAAGGAGGAACCUGAGGAGGAGAAUGCUCCAGGGACGGCCCCGGACUGUGCCUGUUCCGAGGAUGGCAUCAGCGCAGGGGUGGAAACAGGCUUGGGUGGAUGCACCAGGCGGCUAGAGGCAGGUGCUGCCCUGUGCUAUGUCCAGUCCAGCGAGGGGUUCUGCUCGAUCGCCAGAGACUCUACCCUGUUCCCUGGGGCCCUGUGGAUCUCUUGUGCGAACCAAGGUGACCAAGAGUCAGUGAUCGUUAAGGAACUUCUGAAGGAUGAAGCAAGGGACACAGAGCAACUCAACAAGGCUUUGCAAGAAGCCGUGCUGGGCAGGCAGGAAGGCGAUGCCAGAGACGCCCUCCUCGCUGGCGCCGACCCUGACCACACUGACCGCACCUUCCCCAUGCUCCACAUCGCUGCGAACAACGGCGACGUGGCCAUGGGCACCACGCUCAUAGAAGCGGGCGCCAAUGUGAACUCCCAGGACGAAUUGGGUUCCACAGCGCUGCACACGGCAGCCUCGUGGGGCCACGUGGACUUCAUUGCCAUGCUGGUGGCGACCGGGGCCGACUUGUCGUUGAAGGACAGCGACGGCAAGACAGCGCGCGGGCGGACGUGCGAGCUGCCCCUGGGGGAGUGUGAGAGGAACGAGAUCCUGGCGCUGUUGGAGAUUCCAUAG